UCGGAAUAUUCUCGAGCGGCGAAUAUUUAGCAAAAUCGUGAUUACCGUGUGCAUGACUCUAUGUGCUUUGGUGUCAUUUCUCAGUAAAAGCUUGCGUGAAAUACGUAUCAGCUUCCUUUUCUCGAUCGCAACAUACGAUUCAUCAUCAAAGUUGCCGGAUACAUGCACAGCAGGGAGCGCCCACCGUGGAAUGUGUUUUUGCUGUCGUCUGUCUAGCUGAUCGAUACUGUUCCCUUGCGGGGUUGAGCGUCACAGAAAUUGUGGAGAAUACGUAGCACUCAAUCUGCCGACAAACUGUAGCGUUCGUUCGAUUGGUGUGUUUUUCUUGGAACUACCUUGCAGUUCAGGUGACGAGCAGCAAACUGUUACGGCUCGUGUUCGUGAAAAAGGUUGACGGAAAGGAACAGCAGGUCGGAACGGGAGAAGGUCGUGUGUCGUGGCUCCAGGUGCGAAGGGGAAAAUUAGGAGAAAUCGUGCGAUUACUUGACAGCAUACAGUAAAACUGGAGUUUUAGAAGAAACCAGUCUCACGGCAACUAAACAAAAAUGAUAAAUUUAAAAGUGAAAACUCUAGAUUCACAGAAUCAUGACUUCACGGUAGAUGAGGAGAUCUCCGUGCGUCAGUUUAAGGAACAGAUUGCGGAAAAGAUCAGCGUUUCGGUGGAUUUGCAGCGACUCAUCUACUGUGGCCGGGUACUGUCAGACGAUAUCCCACUGAAGGAUUACGAUCUGAAUGGUAAGGUGGUGCAUCUGGUGCAGCGUGCUCCACCAUCGGCACGCGGCACCAGUCUGAGCAGUACCGAAGCGGGUGGCCGCGAUGAAGCUGCACGUGCAUCCAGACGGUCGCGCAGUAGCGACAACGCUACCCGUAACAUCUUUCCCAGCCUGGAUGAGCUGAACACUAUGUACUUCGGUUCGAUGACGUCAAUUCCGUUGAACAUGACAGCGACUAACGUCACUCAGAUACCGUCGGUCGGUUCAUCUUCAACGCUGUGCAACAAUCGUAUCACCGUCGCCCGGCACAUGCUGGACUGUGCGGAUAGCAUACUGAGCUAUCUGGAGAAUCCGGCCCGCGGACUCAACUAUAGCGCGAUGGACUACCUCUCGCAACAGACGAUGGAAUCGACCGUGUUCGAGGUGGGCAUAUCGGCAGUCGGUGAUGUGGACAUUCCGCACAACCAGGUGCAGAACUUUGUGAACGCCUUUCAGGGCGCUGUGAGUGCGGCAUUACGCCAGAACGGCAUGUCCAAUGUGACGGUACAGCAGCCUGAUGGGCUGAACGGGUCGGUGCAAGUUUUUGGAACGGUGCCUGAUUUUGCCGUUCUAACGCCACCGAAUACAAGCGCUACUGCUACGCCAGCCCACGAGGGAUCGGGAGCGUCGUCCACAACCAACAGCGGCAGUAGCAGCAGUAGCAGCAGUAGCAGCAGCAGCAGCAGCAGUACGAGUAGUAGCGGCAGUAACGGUGGAAGCUCCAGCAGUCCUAGCGCAUCGUCCAGCUCGUCGGAAACGAGUGCCGAAAGCCGGCGCCAGGUACGGUCCGGGCCAUUGAACACUCAAACGACGAGCACGCAAACACUCGGUGAGGUGGUGCAGCAGAUGCGUUCGGUGCAGCGGCGCAUGGAACCGUUCCUUCAGCAGUACUGCGAUAUACUGCAAGACGAUCCGUCCUUCGAGGAAUCGGACACUGUUGGACGCGAAAAUGCGCAGCGUGUGUUUGAUCGUGUUUCGGAAGCGAUGCAUUAUAUUUCACACGCGCAACACGCCAUCAGCGACCUCAUGCUGGAUUUGCAAAUGGCCACUCCACGUCACCUGUGCUGUCGGCCGAUUUUAGUCGAGCAGAAUGCUUAUGUCAGUUCCGGACUGACCGCAAUGCCGCACAACAUCAAUCUGGCAAAUAUGCUGCGGAACCACAUUAAUGUAACCAAUAACAAUAACAACAACCCGGAAGUGGGUAACAAUAAUAUCCACGCGCAGCUGAUCAAUUUAGGUAUCACGGCCCAACCGACCUUUUUCGCUGGAGCUCCCGCUGCUGCUGCUGCUGCUGCUGGAGGAGGAGGCGGCGGAACGGGUGGGACUGGCACGAUGCGUCCACCGAGCGCUCCACCAGCUUCGGGAGGAACGACGAACCAGCCGCCUUCUACUAAUCAGGCAACAGCAACAUCGGCAACCACCACUACAACCGGUGCCUCCACGACUCAGUCGCGACCGCCGAACCUAGGUCAGUCUCAAAACAGACCACCUACGGCAGCUGGUGUUGGUGUUGGUGGUGGGCGAGGUUGGCGAAACAAUCGGUUUAUCAUGAUACGGGACGCGACGCGUUCAAGGGCUCAACGGCCAGCCUCGGCUGAUGGCCGUUUACAGCCCCCAUCUGCAGCUGGCGCAACCCGCCCGCCUCGUCUGGUCACCAUUACUAACUUGAACGCAAACAACAACAAUAGAGCAGCGGGUGGAAAUAACACGUCGGGAACUGGAACACCGAACAACGCUAGUCAGAACGCGCAAAUCCAGAUGGCACGUUUCCUGCAGGCAGUCGUUAAUGCAGCUCCCAUCCACACGGAUAUUCACGUGCAGAUCAAUACCGGCGGUGGUGGUGGUGGUGGUAAUGAUAACAACACCGGCAGUACGCCACCUGCAUCUGCUGGCAAUCGUACGGCCUCAACUGCCACCAGUACGACAGCGCAAACUGGUAAUAGCACGACGAAUACAGCCACCGCCACCACCACCACCACCGCCGCCAGUGCUAAUGGCAAUGGCAGAGCUGGAGCUGGUGGUGAAAGCAUCAUUCAUGGGCAUCCACGUUUUGCUACCGUCACGCUGCCAACGACGUCUACCCAGACGCGUUCUACCUCCCGUCCGCAUGUGCACAGUAUCCCGCCCUCACAUCUCGGUGGAACCGGACAAAUUCGCAAUCUACGACCCAUGGCGGCGAGCAUUUUGAACACGUUUGAUCGAUUUUUGCCCUGCAACAGUCAUCAUAUCCGUUUUAAUAGCGGCUCAAAUGGCGAUCGAUCGAGUGAGGGUACACCGAACCGUGCUGGUUCCGGUGAAACGGCAAACACGCCUAAUGCCUCGGCACCUGGCACCGAAUCUGGCCCAGAAAUCGGUUCGAUGCAGGAUGAAGCAGUACGCGCAGUUGCCUCGACACGGAUUAGCAUGUUCGGUACACAAUUCACUCUGAACGAGCUACAAAACGGAGUGCCACACCCGAAUACUCUGAAUCGCGUACGAGACUCGCUGCGAACCUAUGUCAACCGAACGCUUUUUGCCGAUCGUACUGUAGACGAACAAGCCGUGCGUGAAGUGGGCGAUAGUAUCAUUGAACGUGUGAUGCCGCUGCUGGCUCCGCUAGCUGAACACGAUCGUCCGCAGUUUGAUACGCGCGCUUCUUUGGUCAAUCUGAUACGUAACUUCUUCCCAACGUUCAUCAAUCUGAUACGUGAGGACAGCUCGUCACAGUUCGGUGUGCGGAUGAUGCGCUCUUUGCUGAUGUUUAUGCGUCGCUCGCUGAUGAUAUUGGUCCAAGGAGUGGGCCGAUUCUAUGCCCAAACGUUUGUGCUGAAUUUGGUGGAAAGCGCAUUGCGUCAACAGAAUGUACCAGACCUGGACCGAAUUAUGCGAUUGUUGGAGCCAAUUGUGAAUUAUAACUUUACUGUGGCGACCCGGAACGAUAUGUUUGACACUCAACAAUUUCUAGUCAUCCGACAACCGGCCCCUCCAGCGGCUGGUACAUCUACGGCGGACAACACCGGCACGGAAAGUCGCUCAUCCAGCAUGUCUUCCAGUACUGGUACCGGUCAGCGAGAAGCUAGUCCAAUGGAUGUGGAUGACGUGGAGAGUAUGUCUACGCCGGAACUCGUAUCGGAUAUUGCAGAAAUAUCGAUCUCAAUCGAGCCACCAGCCAUGAGUGUCGACCAGUGCCCGGUGGAAAUGGCUAGUUCCUCAUCCCAAUCCGAGGCUAUUGCUAUGGGUAAUAGUGAACCGGUCUCUGGCAAAUCAGAAACGCAGGAAGCGACGGUAAGCUCACUGUCGGGAAGCAUUUUGGAUUUGGCUAAUCGGCCAGUUCCACCACGCCCGGCUGGUGAUGACGAAGAGCUACCAAUCGUCGAGUUGGACUCCGAAUCCUGGCAUCGUCAUUUCCCGUCCAACUGGUUACCGAUCAUUACCCGCGAUCUUGGCAGACAAAGGCGACAAAGUCCCCAAACUCCUUUCUCCGAUGCGUACAUUUCCGGCAUGUCCUCAAAGCGCCGAAAGUUGCUAACAGAAACAAAACCACCGAGCGAUGUCCAUUCGCUGAUAUCGGACGGUGUUCGACGAGCCUUUCUUGGUACUGGAAUUACACCUUCUAACACGGUUAUUGGAAACAGUGGUACUACUACCACCGGCAACGGCGGUCAAGCCGCCACAACCCGACGAUCAACCACACGACAGGCAGCUUCAUCGGCUACCACAUCCGGGGUAGCCACUGCAGGCGCAAGCACGAGCGGCGUGGCCAGCGGCAGCAGCGCUACGCCCAACCGAUUCCGCACCCUGGACGAGUUGGCCAACAACAUUGCCAACGAUGGUGCCCUGCAAAUGUCGUACUGUGAGGCGAUGAAGGCCAGCAUACGCGACCGGUUGGCGAAGGAUACGGAUUACGAUGCCAUGCGCUUCCCCAACUGUUCCAAAUACUUCGAGAAGUAGUAACGCAGCUCGAACGGGAAAUGGACAUUAAAAACGGGAAUGUUUCUUUUUUACUUGAGUUUAGUUUUAGUUCGUCCUCGGUUGUUGUGUAAUGAUUUCGCGCGUGUUGUAUUAGAAGAAGAAAACAAUCACAAAUAAUAAUCCCAUGCUGUGACGAGGACCGUCGCCUACUAGUGGUCAGGAGUUUGUUUGUAUUGGUAGGCUGUACCACGCCCCGUUCCGUUUUAGUACACCCGGUCGCACGAUUACUAAUAUGAAACUAUUCAGCUAUCGCAUAUGGACGGAAUAGGGGAAUGUGUGUGACGCGUUUUGUGUGUAGGUUUAAGAGGGACGAAGAAAAGACGCAGCUUUAAGCAACGAGUGGAGAGCACUAUCAUAGUCUCGUAGGUAUCGUUCCAUUGGUUCUUACAAAAAAUGUACAGUUGCGAUCUGCGGUAACCGAUAAAUCACCAUAGGACAACGUGAUUUAUGUCCCCCCGACAGUCGCUCCGUUUGGAAUGCAAACUCAUGAAUCAACCAACCAACCUCCGUACGGGAGUUAUUAUGCAAUGGAUAACUGUGGAGUAAUCAUUUAAUAAUUUCAAUUCAAGUGAAGUGUUGUUUUUUAGUUGAAAUUUCUAAUACCAUAGCUUUGUUCGUCUAUCAAAAACUUGCCUCUCAUCGGUAGACUUUUGUUCGUUUGCUUCCAUGGUACAGUUGAAUUUUUGUGUUACUGUUCAUAUCGUUCACCAGCGAAUACGAUUGCGCUUUCUCGACAAAGGCAAAAAUGAAAUUUCACAAGGGAGAAAGGAAAUGAAACAUGCACUUUAUAACCUACUCAAUCUAAUAGGAAGUUAUAAUAAAUAAAGCUAGAUUAAA